UUCAAACCAAUAAUUUCAGAAUGACAGAGAAAGUCCGACAAAGGACAGCUGAAAAGCCAAAAGAAGAGGCAGAGAAACAGAAUGAUCAAGAAACAGAACCAACAAGAAGAUACUGGGACCCCCUAACUGAUGGAGUCAGGUGGAUCGAGAAAUAUUCUGAACCGUUGGAGAAGUUUUUUGAAAGAAUACCAGAUUUUAUUAGCACUAUAAUCGCUACUUUUGCGGUUUUUACACUAGGCGCUACAUUAAGAGGAGAAUGGGUAGUCAUCCUCGUAACAGCGCUGAAGCAGAUGACCGGAACCUACACAGAAGACAAGAACGCGACGGUUCAAGAUUUCUUUAGCCUCUUCACCGAGAGAAACCUCAAGAUGGAGAACUUUGGUGUGAUCUUCCUAGCAGCGCAUACCGUCUCGUUUUCGAUGUACUUCCUUAUAGGAGGAUUUUUGCAUUGGUAUUUCUAUGUUAGACGACGGGAUCGCGCUCAAGAAUGGAAGAUCCAACCCAACAAGUGGUUGAGCCCAGAGCUAGAGCGGCACGAGAUCAUGGUUGGCUGUCUGUCUCUCAUAGUCACUGGUACCUUCUCUGCUUUUCUGGCCACGUACAUCCUAAAUGGAAAUCCUUCUACCGUCUACUAUCAGUAUGACGACUAUGGUUGGUGGUGGUUCUGGCUACAGAUCCCUGUGAUAUUUAUUAUUAAUGACUACACAACCUACAUCAUGCACCGCCUGUACCACACCCCGUGGCUGUACAAGAACUUCCAUAAGCUACACCACAAGUACAAGCAGCCCACUGCGUUCUCUGUCACCGCUAUCCACCCUGUAGAGAUUCUGCAUCUCCAGUUGACGUUGUGCUUGCCGCUGUUCACAUUCCCUGUGCACUGGAUUCCGUUCUAUGCGGUGGCUCUCUACGCCUUCUACCACGGCAUCAUCGACCACUCCGGCAUCGACUUCAAGGCGCAGUGGUGGCAGCCCUGGCAGCCCGACGCCUCCUUCCACGACCAGCACCACGAGUUCACGCACGUCAACUUUGCCUUUAACAUCCAAUUUUGGGAUAGGUUACAUGGAACUAUGAGGAAACCUAAUAGAGUGUACACAGAAGAGACUUACCAUGGAAUGGCUCCUCUAGAAGGAACUGAAGAAGCGAAGGCGGUGCUAGAAGCUGAAGCUAAAGAAAUCGAAAAAGAAAAUGGAGGCAAAAGCAGUCUCAACGCCUCUUAA